AUGGACCCCGGCAGCCUCGGCCCGCCCCCCCAGCCGCCGCGCGCCGCUGCCCCGGCGUUGCCCGGGCUCUUUGUCUCCCGGCCCCGGCCGCCGCCGCCGGCCUCCACGUACACCAAAAAGACGUUGUUGCAGUCGCCCGUGGUGGUCCAUGUGGCGCCACAGUUCCGCGUCUGUGUCACCAAGCCGCCCGCCGGGCCCGCCGCCACGGGCGCCGGCGACGAGCGCGCACAGACGCACGUUUUCCCCGACCCAGACUCGUUUUUCGGCGACGACUGGAGCGACGACGACGCGCUCCUCGGCCUCGCCAACCACGCGCCCGCCGCCUCGCCCGCCGCGCCGCCGCCGCGCAGCGAGACCGUCGAGGUGCUCGUCAAGCACACGCUGGUGCUCGUGGCCGGCGCCGAGCACGCGCUCCCGGCGGGCGUGGCGGCGGCGGCGGUCGUGCGCGGCCCAGAUCACGCCCCGGCGCCCGACGACUCGCUCGUGCUCGUGCUCUGCUCGGGCGUGCAGCUCGUGGUGCGCGUGUGGCGGGUGCCGCGCGCGUGGAGGCCGCCGCACGCCGCCGCCGCCGCUGCGCCGCCGCUGGCCACGUCGCACGUGUUCCGGCCGUUCGUGGUGCAGUGGUGGCGGCUCGGCGCCACGGCGCGGGCGGCGCCGCCGGCCUGGACGCUCGCCGUGCACGCGCAGGGCCAAGCCGUGGCGUGCGGCACGGCGGCCGCGGGCGUGCGCAUCCACACGUGCCAGAACACGGCGCUGGGCUGGCAGAUGCUGGCGCACACCAACGUGCCCGCGGGCGGCGCGGUGCUCCACACGUGCUUUGCGGCGCCGCGCGGCGCCGCGGACAGCGGCGCGGUGGUGCUCUUGGCCGUGGUGCGCUCGCGCUCGCGCCGCUUGGCCGUGGCCGUGUACAGCUGGCGCGCGGGCGAGCCGGUGGGCGCGUCGCUCCGGCGCAGCACGCUCCCGCUCCCGCGCGCGUUCCCGUGCCCGGCAAUGGUGGUGCCGCUCGCGGCGUGCGGCGGCUUCCUCUUCGUGUGUCCGGCGCGGCUCGUGGUGGUCACGCCCAGCCACGUGUGGUCCGCGGACCACCUGUUCGUGGAGUGCGCGUACGGCGGCGCGUUCCCGACCGCGCACUUCGUGCCGCCGCACGGCGCCGGCGCGGCUGACGAGGUGUUCGUGGCCUCCGCGGCGGGCGUGGUGUACUCCGUGGUGGCGACCGCGGACGGCACGCUCACGUGCCGCCCGGUGCUCCGGGUGGCCGGCGCCAUCUCGAGCUUCGCGCUCCACCACGCCGCGGCCGGCGGCGGCUACGUCCUCACGUACGCCGGUGACUCCGCGGGCGCGCGGACGCUCUUCCUCGCCAGCCUCUUCGCGCCGGACGCCGCGGACGCGUAUGCCCGCACGGGCCGCAUCCCGUACUCUGCGGCCACGCUUCUCCACGCCCACCGCAGCUGGGCCCCGGUGGUGGACGUGCUGGUGGUGCCCGCCGCGGCCCCGCGCUCGUGCGCCGCGGCCUCCUCCCACGAGCUCUGGGCGCUCGCGGGCCUGGGCGGGCGCUGCAAGCUCUCGCGCCUCCGCGCGGGCUACAUGGUGCGGCGCGAGCUGCGCACGUUCGACGCCUUGCGCAAGGCCGGCGGGCUUGCGCUCGUCCUGCGCGCGGCCGCCCAGAGCUUGGUGUGCUCCUUGCCCUUCGAGUCCCGCGUGUUCCGCUACGUGCCGGAGGCCGGCGACGCCGGCGAGGCCGAGCUCGUGGAGCCCACCGCCGCGCACUUCCACCGCGACGAGCCGACGCUCGCCUGCGCGGCGGUCCCGGGCUCGGAUGUCUGGUUCCAGUUCACCGAGCGCACCGUCUCCGCCACGGACUUGGAGCGCUCCAAAACCUCGCGGCUCACGGACUCGCGCAUCGUGUUCGCGGACUCCGCGGCAGGUCGUGCCGUGCUAGCCGUCCGCAAGGACGGCCGCGUGACGCUCGAGAUCGUUCGCCUCGCGCCAGUGCGCGACUGGGCCGCCCCGGGGGAUCUCCUUCUGGACGAGUCCCUUUUCCGCGUGGUGGCCUCCAUCCCUGGCGACAUCCCCGGCGACACCCCCGGCGACACCCCCGGCGCCGGCCAGCUCAGCAUGCUCCGCUGUUUUGAGACGCCCGCGUCCAUUGUCAUUGCACGCGGCUCCUUCCUGGGCGUCCUCAGCUUGCUUCGCUUUGACCUCGACACGAACGAAUGCUCGCCCGUGUGCCUGCUCGACUUGAACGCGCUAUUCCGCCCGUCCACCACGGAAGGCCCGGCAAUACCCCACGACGUGGCGCUCUCAACCAUCACGUCAAAGCUCUACGUCGGAACGAAGCUGGGGCGCUUCUUCGAGUUUGAUCUUGACCAACCGCUGGCGCCGCGGCUCUGCCAGACGUUGGCGCUCGGCAUCACGCCCGUCAAGUUGGUGCUCAGCAAGAACGACCCGCACUUGCUCUUUGCUUGCAUGCGGAACUUGUGGCUUUUCAAUUUCUACGCCCUGCAAAAGCCCGCGAGAGUGAGCUUCGACGAGAAAUCGGAAAGGUCAGUAUCGCUGAUGGUCGAGCUUCCCACCGACGAAUCUCAGCACUUGCGCUUCGCCUUUUUGCGGGAAGACGGCUUGGUGAUUGGCUCCGUGUUCUGCCACGAAAGACCCCUCGUGAGGCAACUUGGCAUUGGCGAGCCGGCAAAGAAACUACUUUUUCUCGACACGUCGAAUCUCUUCGUGAUCUUGUGCAAAUCAAAGAGCCAGCAGGCCAGGCUCAAGUUCGCGGAUCGAAAGGGUUUCCGAAUACUUCCCUCUGUGGAGAUAGACCCCAAAACUGGGGCUGACAGGGGCGAUUGGAUAUUUGCUCCGUCAGAGACUCCCACCUGUGCAUUGGUGUGGCACAUUAAUCGAAACGAGCGUGUGUCCAAGAAACUCAUUGUGGGGACUUCAACAGAAGGUAACCGUGGCUCCUUGAAGAUCUUGGAUAUAAGCAAAGUCUUGCUAGAGGGGUCGCGUGUCCCCACCGUCAAAGUCGUGGAGUUGUGGUCGAUAUCCAGAGACAAGGCUAUCUCUUCCAUCCAACAGAUUGGCUCCACGGUCUUCUUUUCUUCGGGCUGUUGCGUGUACUCCACGUCGUAUAGUCUCGAGAACAAGAGA